GGCCCUGUAGAUGGGAGUUACUUCCCUCCUUUUCAAACAGUAGAUACAGUCUGCUCCUCACUUCACUGAGCACAGCCUGCAGCUGAGAGCACUCUCCUCCCCUAGGAAGCACAUUAGAAAUCUGCAAAAAUGGUGGUCCCUUCUCAACUGGAACAUGCGAUGGAGACAUUCAUGAUGACUUUCCAUAAAUAUGCUGGUGGCAAAGAUUACUUGAACAGAGAUGAUCUGCAGAGGCUAAUGCAGAACGAAUUUGCAGAGUUCCUGAAGAACCAGAAUGACCCACUGGCUGUGGACAAAAUCAUGAAGGACCUGGAUCAGUGCCGUGAUGGCCAUGUGAAUUUCCAUAGCUACUUCUCUCUCAUGGCAGGCCUUGUCAUCGCAUGCAAUGACUAUUACACCCGACAUAUGAAAAAGUGAUGGAACCCGGAUCCCAUAUAGCAGCCAAAUUCAACAAAACUUCCAGGAUGACAACAAAAGGGAGAUAUAUUCCUGAAUCUCUGUUCAGCUUUCGGCCAUUCCACUGCAUUACUUGCCCAAACCUGAAAUAAACCCUCUUUGUUUUUGUA